GAGCAUAAAUGAGGUGGGGGCUGGAAUGUGGACAACAUCUAAGGCACAACAUUAGCUAGCAUGAAUAUUUUAGAAUGGUGCAUUUAUCUGAAGCACGUCGUACUUUGAACCAUGUCACACCUUCAUGAUCCUGAUCAUCUGAUCAUUAACUCCCUUGGUCAUUCAUUGCCUGUGUGCGUGCGUGGAUGCGUGCGUGCCUUAAAUAUCAGUGAAGCUAGGCGUAAACAUACAUUUGUAAUUUGGGAUUCCAAAUAGGAAUCAAAUCAGAGUACUGAAGAAAUGAGCGGCGUGGUAGUUGAAGGCGAGAAGAACUGGCGAGUCUCGUCUCGUGUCACAUACGAAUGGUGGUUGCUCAGUGGUGGUGACGAGGAAGCCGGGCGAUGGCAGGAAACGCAGCGUGACGCUCGGCACCAGGUCGACUCAUUCUACUGACUUUGUGCAACAUCUGCUGUUUGUUUGCGUUGCUCUCUGACCUUUCACCAAUGCACUCCGUCACUCUCUUUCUUCCUCCUCACUGCGGAUGAGUUUCGUAAUGAGCAAAGUAGCGCUGGUGAGCCUCGGAGGAGCAACGACACUUGAACGUGUGCAACUAUCAGCGCUAAUGUUAGCGGCUAACAUUAGCCGUUAGCAUUAGCUGCUCUCAUCAAAGUUGUAAAGUUGCAUGUGCAGCCCUGAUGAGCCUUAUAGAGAACGGAUUGAUGGGUUUGGAUUAGGGUUAAACAACGUCUGGCCACAUGCUUGGCAAUUUCUAACAUCCAGUAAGUGCGAAGGCAGCUAAUGAACAUAUCGUGCUUACAUACCGUAUUUUCCGGACUAUAAGUCGCUCGGAGUACAACUCGCGCCAGCCAUAAAAUGCAUAAUAAAGAAGAAAAAGACAUACAUAAGUCGCACUGGAGUAUACAUCGCAUUUUGGGGGAAAUUUAUUUGAUAAAAUUCAGCACCAAGAACAGACAUGUCAUCUUGAAAGACAAUUUAAAAUAAAAAUAGAAUAGAGGAAACAACAGGCUGAAUAAUUGUACACGACACAUAAUCAACGAAAUGAGAACGUGCCUGGUAUGAUAACGUAACGUAUUGAGUUAUUCAAAUAACUAUAGCAUAAAUAACAUGCUAACAAAUUUAGCAAACCAUCUGUGUCGCUCCAAGUCACUAUAUCAAAUGAAAUCUUCAUCCUCUGUGUCACUUUUAAACAACUCCGCUAACUCCGGAAGUAGAAGAUGCGGCGCUUCCUCUUCUACAUCGCUUAUGUCAGUGUCCUCAUCAGUUGCCGUUCCAAUUAUUCCACAGGCCUAUCGUGCCUUCUUGCGGUUUAGUGUGAAAUUAACAUGUGAAAUGAUGUAGUGUGUUAAUAAUUUCACACAUAAAUCGCUCCUGAGUAUACGUCGCACAAAAUGUAAAAACUGCAACUUAUAGUCUGGAAAAUAUAUGGCAAUUUUAGUCAACUUUUUAAAAAAUAUAAAUACCCAUAAGCUACGCUAGGGAACAUGCUAAGAAACACGGGUGGUGUUGACAUUCUGCCAGGUGACCUUUGCCCUCAGCACCUCUGUCAAUCAUAACCAAGUCGCGAAGGAGGGAAGCACCGCUCACAAGUGGAUGCGGCAUUUAAUCACUAAGCCACUAAAACGCGCACUUGAAUCAAUUAGCGUCGCUGUGUGACGCGUGACUCGCUAAGCACAAAAUGCCUCCGCAUUUGCGUCAGUUCAAGUCAAUUGAAAUCAUCAAACAGGAAGUAGUGACGCGGCUCAGUCAGGAAGAUGACAAGUCAACGAACCCCGCUAAGAUCCGCGGAAAACUCUUUUCAGGAUGUUUGGACUCGGGCUGGCUGUCGAGAGGAAACGUCCGUCCGUGCGCUCCUCGCCCGCUUCCUUUUUCUAUUGGCCGUGGUGUCGGGAUCAUGCCCAUGUCGACUUCUUCACCUUCAACCCGCCAACAGAUCAAUUUGAUCCUGAAUGUUCUUAUCAUGAACGUUCUUAUCAUGAACGUUCUUAUCAUGAACGUUCUUAUCAUGAAUGUUCUUAUCAUGAACGUUCUUAUUAUGAAUGUUAUCAUUCACUGUAAGCCAGUUUGUCGCUUGUUUGCUUCAACAAUGGGACAUUUCCUCCUUGGUAGAGGAAAUAAGCCAGAGUCAAAAGUUGUGGAAAACUGCAACAACUAUAAGUAGCAUUAUGAUGAGCAAAAAAAAACUAAUUGUGAAAAGUUCGUCAAAUGUUUGAAUAAACAGCAAAAAAGAUAAAGCCACAUUUAUUAUGAGCAUAUUUUCAACAUAAUUUAACAGUUACAAUUAUUUUAAAGUUAAAAGUUAAAGUCCCAAUGAUCGUCACACACAUAUCUGGGUGUGGUGAAAUUUGUCCACUGCAUUUAACCCAUCCCCAUGUGAUUUUAAUCCAUCCCCUGGGGGAGAGGGGAGCAGUGAGCAGCAGCGGUGCCGCGCUCGGGAAUCAUUUGGUGAUCUAACCCCCCAAUUCCAACCCUUAAUGCUGAGUGCCAAGCAGGGAGGCAAUGGGUCCCAUUUUUAUAGUCUUUGGUUUGAACACACAACCUUCCAGUCUCAGGGCGGUCACUCUACCACUAGGCCACUGAGCUGGUUCAUUUUCAAGUUAUAUUCAAUAGUGCAUGGAAAGCGAAAUAAAAAAAUUGCUUUAUAGUUUAAGAUUACACAGUAAAGAAGCCCCAAAAAACUAUUUAGAUUGAAGGAAUAUAAAUAGAUUUUUUUUUCAGUAGCCAAAGACCUAUUCCAAAUGUAAUGUGUUUAAACAGUCUGAAAAUGUUGCAUUCAAGAUGGAAUUGAAAAAGGGAGAGUUCAAAUUUCUCCUUUUCAAAAGUUCCUUGAGUGUGAACGCCUUUCUCUUUCUUUAUUCUGGCUGCCUGUUUGCCUUCCUCCACACCCGGAUCCGCCUCUUAUGCAAACAAGGCAGGCCGUGAUUGGUUGUGCUUUCUGAGGUCCCCCCCCGGCCUCCGCUGAGGUCUUUUCAGUCUGGAGCUUUUCAGUGUGUGAGCGUCUUGCUGGUGGAUAAACAUCUUCCGUUCCUUCUUUCUCUGCGUCUGUCCGUCUUUUCACGCCUCCGUUUUGGGCGCUCCUUGCAUGUCGUUUCCGGUGGGUUGAUCGGCAUUCUUCUUGCUAGUUGGCGGGUGGAUUUCUCGCGGAUGCUUGACUAGAACGGGCGUCAAACUUUGUUACCGAUGGAGCUCCAGAGCGCCAGCGCUCCGUUCUCGGCUCCCCUGUCCCCCAUGCAGGACUACAAGAGGCCCCUUUCCCCUUCCGUGGUCCCCGGCCGGAUCCCCGCGCGGAUGUCCAGCCCGGGGCCCGGAGGGGACGAGGAUGGGGGCGGCUUCUCGGGCCAGGCGGUGUUCAACUACAACCAGCUGGAGGGACGCUUCAAACAGCUGCAAGACGAGCGUGAGGCGGUGCAGAAGAAGACGUUCACCAAAUGGGUGAACUCUCACCUCUCUCGAGUGUCCUGUCGCAUCACCGACCUCUACGUGGACCUCCGCGAUGGGCGCAUGCUCAUCAAGCUGCUGGAGGUCCUCAGCGGCGAGAGACUGCCCAAGCCCACCAAAGGCCGCAUGAGGAUCCACUGCCUGGAGAACGUGGAUAAAGCCCUGCAGUUCCUCAAGGAGCAGCGCGUCCACCUGGAGAAUAUGGGCUCGCACGACAUUGUGGACGGCAACCACCGCCUAACGCUGGGCCUCAUCUGGACCAUCAUCUUGCGAUUCCAGAUCCAAGACAUCAGUGUGGAGACAGAGGACAACAAAGAGAAGAAGUCGGCCAAAGAUGCUCUGCUGCUCUGGUGCCAGAUGAAGACGGCCGGGUAUCCAAACGUCAACAUCCACAACUUCUCCACCAGCUGGAGGGAUGGGAUGGCCUUCAAUGCCAUCAUUCACAAACACAGACCGGACCUGAUCGACUUUGACAAGCUGAAGAAGUCCAACGCGCACCACAACCUGCAGAACGCCUUUAACCUGGCCGAGCAGCACCUGGGCCUCACCAAGCUGCUGGACCCCGAAGACAUUAGUGUGGACCACCCUGACGAGAAGUCCAUCAUCACUUACGUGGUCACCUACUACCACUACUUCUCCAAGAUGAAGGCACUCAAGGUGGAGGGCAAGCGCAUCGGCAAGGUUCUGGACAACGCCAUUGAGACGGAGAGGAUGGUAGACAAGUACGAGUGUUUGGCGUCGGAGCUCCUGGAGUGGAUAGAGCAGACCAUCAUCAUCCUCAACAACAGGAAGUUUGCCAACUCGCUGGUGGGUGUCCAGCAGCAGCUGCAGGCCUUCAACACCUACAGGACAGUGGAGAAGCCUCCAAAGUUCACGGAGAAGGGCAACCUAGAGGUUCUUCUGUUCACCAUCCAGAGCAAGAUGAGGGCCAACAACCAGAAGGUGUACACGCCUCGUGAGGGAAAACUCAUCUCGGACAUCAACAAGGCGUGGGAACGUCUGGAGAAGGCGGAGCACGAGCGCGAGUUGGCGCUGAGGACGGAGCUGAUUCGCCAGGAGAAACUGGAGCAGCUGGCGCGCCGCUUUGACCGCAAGGCGGCCAUGCGGGAGACGUGGCUGAGCGAAAACCAGCGGCUGGUCUCACAGGACAACUUUGGCUUCGAUCUCCAGGCAGUGGAAGCGGCCACCAAGAAGCACGAGGCCAUCGAGACGGACAUCGCCGCAUACGAGGAGCGCGUUCAGGCGGUGGUGUCGGUGGCCCGGGAGCUGGAGACAGAGCGCUACCACGACAUCAAGCGCAUUGCGGCCAGGAAGGACAACGUGAUCCGCCUGUGGGAGUACCUGCUGGAGCUCCUGAAGGCGCGCCGGCUGAGGCUGGAGCAAACACUAGGCAUGCAGAGGGUCUUCCAGGAGAUGCUCCAUAUCAUGGACUGGAUGGACGAGAUGAAGAUGCUGCUGCUGUCUCAGGAUUACGGCAAACACCUCCUGGGUGUGGAGGACCUGCUGCAGAAGCACGCCUUGGUGGAGGCCGACAUUGGGAUCCAGGCCGACCGCGUCCGCAAUGUCAAUGCCAACGCGCAGAAGUUUGCCGGCGACUCCGAUGGGUACAAACCUUGCGACCCUCAGGUCAUCAGGGAGCGCGUGGCCCACAUGGAAUUCUGCUACCAGGAACUCAGCCAGCUUGCGGCUGAGCGGCGAGCGCGUCUGGAAGAGUCGCGCCGCCUCUGGAAGUUCUUCUGGGAAAUGGCCGAAGAGGAGGGCUGGAUUCGCGAGAAGGAACAGAUCCUCCCCUCGGAGGACUGCGGCAAGGACCUGACGGGUGCCCUGCGGCUGCUGAGUCAGCACAAGGCCUUGGAGGACGAGAUGAGCGGACGUGCCACCCACUUGCAGCAGACCAUCAAGCAAGGGGAGCAGCUGGUGGCCGAUAAGCACUUUGGCACCGACAAGAUUCAAGAACGCAUCCAGGACAUCCGGGACCAGUGGGCGGCGCUGGAGCAGCUCUCGGCCGUCCGCAAGUCUCGACUGCAGGAGGCCUGCAACCAGCACCAGUUCCAAGCGGACGCCGACGACGUGGACACAUGGAUGCUGGACGCGCUGCGCAUUGUGUCUAGCGUGGAUGUGGGCCACGAUGAGUUCUCCACGCAGGCGCUGGUGAAGAAGCACAAGGACGUGGCCGAGGAGAUCGCCAGCUACCGGCCUGUCAUCGACGCCCUGCACGAGCAGUCGCGUGUACUGCCGCCCGAGAAGGCGGAGUCUGAGGAGGUGCAGAGCCGUCUGGCGGGCAUCGAGGAGCGUUACAAGGAGGUGGUGGAGCUGGCACGCCUCCGCAAGCAGGCGCUGCAGGACGCGCUGGCCCUCUACAAGAUGCUGAGCGAGGCCAGCGCCUGUGAGCUGUGGGUCGACGAGAAGGAGCAGUGGCUCAACGGCACCGACAUCCCAGACAAGCUGGAGGACCUAGAAGUGGUCCAGCACCGGUUUGAGAGUUUGGAGCCCGAGAUGAACAAUCAGGCCUCGCGGGUUGCUGUCGUCAACCAGGUUGCCAGACAGCUGAUUCACAGCGAACAUCCUGGUGAGAAGGAAAUCAAGGCCCAGCAGGACAAACUCAACAUCAGGUGGAGUCAGUUCCGGGAUUUGGUGGACCAGAAGAAGGAGAGUCUGAGCUCGGCACUGGGAGUGCAGAACUACCACCUGGAGUGCAACGAGACCAAAUCGUGGAUCAAAGAGAAGACCAAGGUGAUCGAGUCCACCCAGGAGCUGGGCAACGACCUGACGGGCGUCAUGGCGCUGCAGAGGAAGCUGACGGGCAUGGAGCGAGACCUGGCCGCCAUUGAGGACAAGCUGGGCGACCUGGGCAAGGAGGCAGAACGCUUGUCCUCAGAACACUCGGAACAAUCUCAGGCCAUCAAAGGACGCUUGGACGAGAUCACCGGCGUGUGGGAGGAGAUGAAGGGCACCAUGAAGAAUCGUGAGGAGUCGCUGGGCGAGGCCAGCAAGCUGCAGCAGUUCCUGCGCGAGCUGGACGACUUCCAAUCAUGGCUGUCGCGCACGCAGACGACUAUCGCAUCUGAGGACAUGCCCAACACGCUGGCCGAGGCCGAGAAGCUGUUGGGCCAACACGAGGCCAUCAAGAACGAGAUCCGCAACUACGAGGAGGACUACCAGAAGAUGCGCGACAUGGGCGAGAUGGUGACGCGGGGCCAGACAGAUGCGCAAUACAUGUUCCUGCGCCAGCGGCUGCAGGCGCUGGACACGGGCUGGAACGAGCUGCACAAGAUGUGGGAGAACCGACGCAACCUCCUCUCCCAGUCGCACUCCUACCAGCUCUUCCUCAGGGACACCAAGCAGGCCGAGGCCUUCCUCAACAACCAGGAGUACGUGCUGGCCCACACGGAGAUGCCCACCACGCUGGAGGGCGCUGAGGCGGCCAUCAAGAAGCAGGAGGACUUCAUGACCACCAUGGACGCCAACGAGGAGAAGCUCAGCAGUGUGGUGGACACAGGACGACGGCUGGUUGCUGACGGCAACAUCAAUACCGAGCGCAUCCAGGACAAGGUGGACUCCAUCCACCAAAGACACAAGAAGAACCGAGCGGCGGCCAGCGAUCUCCUCAUGAGGCUGAAGGACAACCGGGACCUGCAGAAGUUCCUGCAGGACUGUCAGGAGCUGAGCCUGUGGAUCAACGAGAAGAUGCUGACGGCUCAAGACAUGACAUACGAUGAGGCACGCAACCUGCACAGCAAGUGGCUCAAGCACCAAGCCUUCAUGGCCGAGCUGCAGUCCAACAAGGAAUGGUUGGACAAGAUCCAGAAGGACGGCGAGGCAUUGAUGGCGGAGAAGCCCGAGACUGAGGCCAUGGUGCACGAGAAGCUGGCCGGGUUGAAGAAGAUGUGGGAGGAGCUGGAGUCCAGCACGCAGAUCAAAGCCGAGUGCCUGUUUGAUGCCAACAAGGCUGAGUUGUUUGCGCAGAGCUGCGCCGACCUGGACGAAUGGCUGGCGGGCUUGGACGCGCAGCUGCAGUCGGACGACUACGGCAAAGACCUCACCUCCGUCAACAUCAUGCUCAAGAAGCAGCAGAUGCUGGAGAGCCAGGUAGAGGUGCGCCAGAAGGAGGUGGACGAGCUGCAGAGCCAGUCGCAGGCGCUGAGUCGCGAGGGCAAAGGCUCGGAGGAGGUGGACAGCCAGCGCAGGAGCGUAGAGAGCAAGUUGGGCACACUCCGGGCACCGCUCCAGAGCCGGCGCGACAACCUGAUGGCCUCCCGCGAGAUCCACCAGUUUAACCGCGACGUGGAGGACGAGAUCCUUUGGGUGGAGGAGAGGAUGGCCCUGGCCACAUCCACAGACCACGGCCACAACCUCCAGACGGUGCAGCUCCUGAUCAAGAAGAACCAGACCCUGCAGAAGGAGAUCCGGGGCCACCAACCGCGCUACGAUGACAUCUUUGAGCGCAGCCAGCACAUUUUGCGGCAGGAGAGGCCCACAACCGAGCUUCUCCGCCGGCGUCUGGCCGAGCUGCGCUCGCUGUGGGAGCAGAUUCGCCAGGAGACGGAGAAGCGCCACGCUCGCCUCAGCGAGGCCCACGAGGCGCAGCAGUACUAUUUUGACGCUGCUGAGGCCGAAGCCUGGAUGAGCGAGCAGGAACUCUACAUGAUGUCCGAGGAGAAGGCCAAGGACGAGCAGAGUUCGGUGGCCAUGUUGAAGAAGCAUCAGAUCCUGGAGCAGGCGGUGGAGGAUUACGCCGACACCGUCCACCAGCUGUCAGCAACCAGCCGAGGCUUGGUGGCCGCCGAACACCCUGACAGCGAGCGCAUUGGCAUGCGCCAGUCACAGGUGGACAAGCUAUACGCCGGCCUCAAAGACCUGUCGGAGGAGCGCCGAGGCAAGCUGGAUGAGCGCUUCCGCCUCUUCCAGCUUAACCGCGAAGUAGACGACUUGGAGCAGUGGAUCGCCGAGAGGGAGGUGGUGGCCGGCUCACACGAGCUGGGCCAGGACUACGAACACGUCACCAUGCUGCAGGAGCGCUUCCGCGAGUUUGCUCGGGACACGGGCAACAUCGGGCAGGAGCGCGUUGACGGUGUAAACCGUCUGGCAGAUGAGCUGAUCAACGCAGGGCAUGGUGAUGCGGCCACGGUGGCAGAGUGGAAGGACGGCCUAAAUGAGGCCUGGGCUGACCUACUGGAGCUGAUUGACACGCGCACGCAGAUCCUGGCCGCCUCCUUCGAGCUGCACAAGUUCUACCACGACGCCAAGGAAAUCCUGGCCCGCGUGCUUGACAAGCACAAGAAGCUGCCCGAGGAACUGGGCCGCGACCAGAACACAGUGGAGACACUGCAGAGGAUGCACACCGCCUUCCAACACGACAUCCAGGCACUCGGCACGCAGGUGCGUCAGCUUCAAGAAGAUGCCAUCCGUCUGCAGUCAGCGUACGCAGGCGACAAAGCAGACGACAUCCAGAAGCGGGAAGGAGAGGUCUUGGAGGCAUGGAAAAACCUUCUGGAAGCAGCCGAGGGCCGACGGGGCAAGCUGGCCGACACGGGCGACAAGUUCCGGUUCUUCAGCCUGGUGCGAGACCUCAUGCUGUGGAUGGACGACGUCAUCCGACUCAUCGAGGCGCAGGAGAAGCCGCGUGAUGUGUCGUCGGUGGAGCUUCUGAUGAACAACCACCAGGGCAUCAAGGCCGAGAUCGACGCACGCAAUGACAGCUUCACCACCUGCAUCGAGCUGGGAAAAUCUCUACUGGCCAGAAAGCAUUAUGCCUCGGAUGAGAUCAAAGAAAAGUUGCUGCAGUUGACGGACAAGCGCAAGGAGAUGAUUGACAAGUGGGAGGACCGCUGGGAGUGGCUGCGACUGGUGCUGGAGGUGCAUCAAUUCUCGCGGGAUGCGGGUGUGGCCGAGGCUUGGCUCCUGGGCCAGGAGUCCUACUUGUCCAGCCGCGAGAUGGGCCAGAGCGUGGACGACGUGGAGAAGCUCAUCAAGAGGCACGAGGCCUUUGAGAAGUCGGCCGCCACCUGGGAGGAACGCUUUGCUGCCUUGGAAAGGUUGACCACGAUGGAAUUAUUGGAAGUGAGAAGACUGCAAGAGGAGGAAGAGAGGAAGAAGCAGCCGGCGGCGACCGAGGCGACACCCGCCGCGCAGCAAAGGGAGGGUGACGUGGCGAGUCAGAACAGGCCAAGUGGCGAGCCGGACUCCACCAGGGAGGAUGGCGAGGCGAUGAACGGUGUGUCAGAGCCCAGCCCCGCCGGGUCCCCCGGGGCCACCAACAAAGGCAAAGCCGGCCAGCAGGCGGCCACGCUGCCCGUCAAGAGCCAACAGGAGGCGCUCUCGGCCAACUCACAGAUGGAGGGCUUCCUGCACCGCAAACAUGAAUGGGAAGGCCACAACAAGAAAGCGUCCAGCAGGUCGUGGCACCACGUGUUCUGCGUGCUCAACCACCAGGAACUGGGCUUCUACAAGGACCAGAAGAGCGCCGCACAGGGCAUCCCCUACCAUGGCGAGAUCCCCGUCGCACUCAAAGACGCCGCCUGCGAGGUGGCGCUUGGAUACAAGAAGAAGAAACACGUCUUCAAGCUCAAAGUCACUGAUGGCAACGAGUAUCUCUUCCAAGCCAAAGAUGAUGAGGAGAUGAACUCGUGGAUCUCCAGCAUCUCAGCGGCCAUUAUGGGCGAGAAGGGCGAAGUGACUCCAAGCAGCCACAGCACGCCGGCGCCCGCCGCCACCCGUGCCCACACCAUGCCGGCUUCGGCGGGUCGCACGGUCACCGUGCCCACCUCGGCUUCGGCCGAGGUGGCGGCGGCUGAGUCCAGCCCGGGCAAGCGCGACAAAGACAAAGAGAAACGCUUCAGUCUCUUCAGCAAGAAGAAAUAAAUACCAACAAUUAAAUCAUCAUUCCCCCUUUCCUCUUCUUCCUCUUACUGUUCCCGUUGGUCCCUGUGGUUCCAAUCGGCUCGUUCCCGGCGGCCUGUGGGCUGUUACUUUGUCAAACCAACUGUCUCGAUUUUACGCCGCUCAUAGUCGUAAAAUGUCAACUAUGACGAAGACGUCAUGACGAUAACCACUUUAGUCUCGUGUAACCUUUCCACUUUUAGCCGCCUGGAUGCUCCCACGGAUUCCUCUUGUUCCUCUUCCUCCCUCCCUUUCCUCUCGCCCUUCCUCUUUGUCUUCUUCCGAUGCGAGCCACGCCCUCAUGGGUCCCCUUGGAGCCCAUGUUGUCCACUCUGUGCCUAACGACAAUCCUCCCCGGCUCAGAGCUGUACGUAGUCCUGCUUCAAACUAGUUUUUGGUUUGUUUGUUUGUUUGUUUGUUUGCUUAGUUUUGGUUUCAUACUGGUCCCGUCCAAGUUUAGUUCUGGUUGGACCCGGGUUUAAUCCUGGUGCAAACCCUAUUUUGGUUCAGUCUGGGUUGUACAGAAGUAUGUUUUAAUCUGAUUUGGUCCAAGUCUAGUUAACCACAGAUUGGACCAUUGUUUGGGCCAAAUGGGAUCCAGAUUUGGUCAUUGGUCUGGUCUUUAAUCCUAGGUUUGCUCCAUUUCUGGUUUAGUCCAAGUUUGCUCCUGGUUUAUCUGAGAUUUAAUCAUUGGUCAGAUGAAAUUUGAUCCAGGUUUGGUCUAGUUCCGGGUUUAAAAUCUGUACAGUGAAAAUUUAUUCCAGAUUUAGUCAUUGUUUCUACCAAUUUUGGGUCUGAUUGGGACCACUUGUGGCUUGAUGACAGCUUGUUGAAGGUUUUUGAGUGGUGCCGUUCUGUCGUGGUUUCAUAUUGGGCCGUGACUAGUUUUGCUUGGUUUAUGAGACGCAUGUACAAGUUGUGUAUAAGAAAAACAACAAUCAACCUAUUCUCCAUGUUACAAAUGUGUGUACUCUACAGAAUUUAGUUCAGGUUUAAUCCUCAUUUGGUCCCAAUUUAACCCAGAUUCAAUUCAAUUCUGCUUUAAUCCCAGUUUGGUCUCCAAUCCUGGUUUUGUCCUUGUUGAAUCCAGAUCUGAUUCUGUCCAGAUAUAAUCCUGGUCCAGGUUUUAAUCUUACCUGCUGAAUAUGUACAAGUUGUGUAUAAAAAAUACUAAUCUGCCGUAGUCUCAUCUCUACUAAUCUGCUUGAUGGACUGAAACUUUGUCAGUGAAGGAAGAGUAAAACUGAAAAGGAUGUUGAUCUUCCUGACGUGUGCUGGCCUUUCAAAACUUUUGUCUUAUCACAUUUAGAAACACUAAAGUCGCUUGGCGCUUUUUGAUGGUUGCUUGCGUUUUUUUGGUUCUCAUUUUCUUUUCUCUCUCCCAAUGAAUUGCUGACUAGAACAAGUACCUAUUCUGCCUGGUAACAAAGCAGCCAAUGAGAGGCAGCCUGGCUUUUGGGUGCGCUCCUUCCCCACACCUGACUGUCACUUUUUUCCUAUCCCAAUCUUUUCAGCGUGUAGUGUUUAUGCGCGCCGUGCCGUGGUCACCGUAAACGUAGUAACCAGCACCGAUGCGUCGUUAGUUUGUCCCACACCAUCGAUAAUGCCACGGCCGUGUGUUGAGCGGUUGUGGGGGAUCACUGCUAGUUAGAUGAGCACCGCCAUACUCCCCCCUUCCUCCCCUCUCCUGCACUCUCUUUCUCUCUCUUUCGCUCUCGCUCUCUCCCUCUCUCUGUUACAUAAAUGCAAAAAGCCAUUAAAAUGCUUUUAAAUCAAAA